AUGGUGACGCACAAGGAUUGGCCAGAGAGGGGAGGGAGCACGCUUACAGGAGCGGAUUUUGAGGGUUGGGUGAUGGACCAGGGGUGGUGGAAGAAGGUGGACGUCUUUCUGCAGGUGAUGGAGCUGUUCUACAACGUGAUGCGGAGGACGGAUUCAGCGGCGAAGGGGAUGAUAGGCCAGCUAUACGAUAUCAUGCUGCAGCUGACGGAGAUGGAUAAGCUGCUGGAGGGGAAGGAGUGCAAGCUGAGCAAGACGGAUAAGGAGAAGGAGGAGAGGAUAUUUCUGCAGGAUGCGGAGUGCACCAAGGUCAUGCAGGAGUGGCUGGAGCGACAGAAGGCGUUCGUCGACAGGUACUGGAAGAAGAGCCGCGGCAAGAAGGGACCGGUGAGGCCGCUGCAUGAGGGGGUGACGGCCUACCUCAACGGCGAAGGAGGAUUCGACACACAGACCGCGAUCGGUGGGCGUGGGGAGAUUCAGCUGGGGAAGGGGAACGUGAUGUUGUGGUGGCAGUACAAUGGAUGGGAGUACGCCGACCUGGCGCGCAUUGCGCGGCGCACGCUGUCCCAGGCCAUUUCCGCUUCCCUGUGCAAGCGGGGCUGGUCUACAUGGGAUGGCAUGCACACGACAUGCAGGAACCGGCUCUGGUCGGCGAAAGUGCGCGACGUUGUGUACGUUGCGCACAACUCGAAUGUUGUGCACAACUUCCACAAGGAUGCAGAAGCAGGGCCUAGUGUGGUGGGGAGGAAGGGUGCAGUGGUGGAGGGGAACAUUCCCCCCCCUCCCAUCCCCAAGGGGUACAAGUUGGAGGAGGAUGGGGAGGUGGAGGCGGACGAGGACGACGUGUGCCUCGAUGAGUGGGCGGAGCAGGAGGAGCUGGAGAAGGAAGGGGAGGAGGAGGUGGAGGAGGAGGAGGAGGAGGAGGAGGAGGAGGAGGAGGAGGAGGAGGAGGAGGAGGAGGAGGAGGAGGAGGAGGAGGAGGAGGAGGAGGAUGAGGAGGAGGAGAGCUAG